AUGUACUCAAAGCCAGUAUCUGACAUUUUCCACAGAUAUGGAGUGGAUUAUCAUGUAUAUGCUGAUGACAUCCAGCUUUUCGUGAGGUUUGAUCCAUCAUUGCCGAACUCUAUCGAAUGUGCAAAAGGCAGAUUAAUAGAGGCCGUGCAAGAAGUUGACGCAUGGAUGACAUCAAAUAAGCUGAAACUGAACCAAGAUAAGACUGAGCUUGUAGUAUUUGCUUCAAAAGUCCACCAGCGUCUACUCAAGGACUUUACAUUAACCUUGCAUGAUAACACAGAGUUGAAACCAUCACCAAAUCUUUGCAUCCUUGGAGUCGUCUUUGACAAUCUCAUGCUACUGGAUGAUCAUGUUUCGAAUGUUGUCAGGAAUGUUAAAUAUCAAAUCCGUAAUCUAAGCAGAGUCAGAAAAUAUCUAGAUGAAAACACCACACAUGCUGCUGUUCGUGCCCUGGUCCUAUCGCGCCUUGACUAUUGCAACAGUCUUCUUUACGGCACUACAACUAAAAACAUCGAUCGUCUUCAGCUACUCCAGAACCAUUCAGCACGUCUCAUCUAUUGUCAGCCCAAGAUCACCCACACUUCAACUUAA